UCUAAACUCUAACAACUUAUUCAUCGUGAAUUGCUAGAUUAAGUUGUGUUUACAAUAUUCGUUGGUCGUAUUUCAAUAAGUGAGCUGAGAAUGGAUUUACCUGAUCCAAUGACAGCAUGCACCAUUGCGAGUAAACCUAUAUAAACCAAUAUUCUUCUGCGUGACUCGCGAAAUCAUUGCCGUGUGGCUGGUAUUUCAGUUCAAAGGACAGGAAAGGGGGACAAACUUGUUUGUUACAUUUUAUAACCUUUGCGACAUGUGCUUGAAAAAUUAGGUCAGUGUGCUUGUGCUUCCAGGGUGUACAUUAACCAAGUGCUGUGUACAUUAACCAGGUGCUGUGUACAUUAACCAAAUGCUGUGUACACUAACCAGGUGCUGUGUACACUAACCAGGUGCUGUGUACACGCUGUGGUAGAAACUGUGUGAGGUUUACAUUGGGUUUUGUGCUGGUUGACGUACAGUUUGCUGGAUGACGUACAGUUUGCUGGAUGACGUACAGUUAGCUGGAUGACGUACAGUUAGCUGGAUGACGUACAGUUUGCUGAAUGACGUACAGUUUGCUGGAUGACGUACAGUUAGCUGGUUGACGUACAGUUUGCUGGAUGACGUACAGUUUGCUGGAUGACGCAGAGCACUACGAAAAACGGCAUGUCAACUCCAUCUCAGUUCGCUCCUGGCUCCGACGGAUAUGUGACCGGCACUGACGGAUCUGUUACCGGCUCUGACGGACGUGUGACCGGCUCUGACGGACGUGUGACCGGCUCUGACGGAUGUGUUGCCGGCACUGACGGAUGUGUUACCGGCACUGACGGAUGUGUUACCGGCACUGACGGAUGUGUUACCGGUUCUGACGGAUGUGUUACCGGCACUGACGGAUGUGUUACCGGUUCUGACGGAUGUGUUACCGGCACUGACGGAUCUGUGACCGGCUCUGACGGAUGUGUGACAGACAAUACGACUCCAACGAUGUAUGUACCUGGUCCAUCGCUGGAAGAACAUUUUAUUAUCAAACGAUACACAUACCCAGUUGACAGACACCGGUCUACUGAUGACAGACCAGAUGACAGACACCAGUCUCCUGAUGACAGACCAGAUGACAGACCAGAUGACAGACCAGAUGACAGACCUGAUGACAGAUCAGAUGACAGACCAGAUGACAGACCAGAUGACAGACACCAGUCUCCUGAUGACAGAUCAGAUGACAGACCAGAUGACAGACCAGAUGACAGACCAGAUGACAUACCAGAUGACAGACCAGAUGACAGACCAGAUGACAGAGACCGCUGUGCUGGCCAAGAGAGCCGAGUGUUUGUCCCCAUCACGAUUAUCCUGGUGUGUUACGUCACCACCUUCAUCUCGCUGUCCCCCCUCUCCACCCAGUACUUCACAUCCCGGCUGGCCCGCACCAACCUCACCGCCGGUCCGUCUGCUGACCACUGCAGCAACGUGUCGGUCCAGCAAGACGAGCCAGACGUCCAGCGGCGGGUGGCCGACAUGAGCCUGUACGCCACACUAUGCACCGGACUGCCGGCCGCCGUCUGCCUGCUCUUCAUGGGAUCCUGCUCGGACUAUGUGGGUCGGAAGCCGCUGCUCGUUGCCACGCUAGUCGGCGGCACCACGCGAGUCGCCAGCCUCGCUCUCAUCAUCCUUUUCGACCUUGACCUCGAGUGGUAUUUUCUGGGCUCGGCCUUGGACGGGCUUGCCGGUUCGUUCUACGCCCUGUCCCUGCUGGUGACCGCCAUGAUAGUUGACGCCACGCCCACUCACUCCAAGCGGGCCGUCAGACUGGCGUACGUCGAGGGCUUGCUGCUCGUGUUUGGCGCAUUAUCUCAGGUGGGCAUGGGCUACCUGAUCAAAGAAACUGGUUAUCUGGUGCCUGCUCUCGUCUGCUCUGGCUGUAGCGGUCUCGCCCUGAUGGUCACGUGUUGUCUGCCAGAGACGCUGGUCGAGAGACGUCAGCUCAGCUGGUCGCCAUGGAAACACAUCAAGCAGACCUUUGGAUUUUAUUGUUCUGAGGGUCGAAAAAGGCAACAAUUUCUGUUUGGACUCGGAGCUUACCUAAGCUUAACUAUGACCAACAUUGGUAGGCAGAGCGUGGAGACUUUGUAUGAGCUGGCCCGGCCUUUGUGUUGGACAUCUGUCGAUAUUGGGAUUUACUCCUGUACCAAAAUGGUUGUCCAAGCGUUGGCAGCGGUCUUGUUCCUUAAAGUCUUGAAGGGUCGUCUGCCACUGGAAGUGACCGGCAUGUUGUGUACACUCAGUGCACUCCUUGGCUUCAUGAUGGAGGCCUUCUCCACCUCCACCCUGUGGAUGUACAUCUGUAAGUCUCCACCCUGUGGAUGUGGUCGUCUGCCACUGGAAGUGACCGGCAUGUUGUGUACACUCAGUGCACUCCUUGGCUUCAUGAUGGAGGCCUUCUCCACCUCCACCCUGUGGAUGUACAUCUUCUCCACCCUGUGGAUUGUCCAAGCGUUGGCAGCGGUCUUGUUCCUUAAAGUCUUGAAGGGUCGUCUGCCACUGGAAGUGACCGGCAUGUUGUGUACACUCAGUGCACUCCUUGGCUUCAUGAUGGAGGCCUUCUCCACCUCCACCCUGUGGAUGUACAUCUCCGCAGCUGGUGGUCUGCUGUACCUGGCUGCCAUCCCUAUACCGCGAGCUCUAGUGUCGACCCUCGUCAACACGACUCAACUAGGUGCCCUAUUCUCAAGUCUCGCCACGUUGGAGGUAGUGUCCAACAUGAGCGUGUCGCUGCUGUACACCGUCAUCUACAACAACACACUCUCCAGCUUUAGAGGCGCCGUCUUCACCGUCAUGGCGGCUCUAUGUCUCGUCUGCUUCGUCAUGCUUGGGCUUUUCUUGUGGUGUAAACCUAGACCAAGCAACAAGUCCUUGGAUGAUUCACCACACACAAGUCACUUAAUCAGCGUAGAAGCAGACGAGAGAUCGCCUCUGUUGAAGAAUUAAAGACAGAAUUGCAUGGAUAUUAAAUGGUAGCUGCCGAAAUUAUCUUCAAGAGAAAACAAUACUAAAAUAUAAAUAAAUAUGUAUAUAUACAAAUAUAGGCAUGUAUAUAUAUAUAUAUAU